CACCCUCCCUUUCCGCCUCACCACUGCUGAAGUACACAUCCUGCUAGAAAGGUACUUAAUUCGCUACUUACCUACGGUCUGGCACCUGUUGCAUCAGUUGUCUCGCCGCAUUCCCCAGGCGCGCUGCCCGUUAGCGUCGCAUAACGCGUCCCCUCUGACUCCUCUCGACCGUGCGACUCUGCGAUAAGAAAACUCCUUUUUGUGAAGUCGGGCCGUAUCUAGGGUUACCCGAUCCAACUCCGUCCGUCAACGUUCGCCGGAAGUAUAAGCGUUAGGCAUUAGACCUCGCCCGCCAUGGCGCGUAGCUCGAGAUGGCUACUUCUUUCAGUAUUCCUCACCGCGUGCAUCGCCCUCUGCUGCCUCCGAGCCGUUGCGGCCGAUUCGCCGCCCGCAAGCUCGCCGUCCGCGAACUCCACAUCAGCAAACUCCACGUCAGAAGCGUCGACAGCGCCUGCGCCGUCGGCCAGCGGAGAGGGGCAAGCGAAGGGCGAGGAGGGGGGAGUCGAUCCCGCGUUGUUUCAGGUGCACGGGUGGCUCAUGUGGCUGUCGUACGGGCUGCUCAUGCCCGUCGGACUCAUCACGGCGCGGCACCUGCAGACCGUCACGCCCAAGUGGUUCGCCAUCCACUGGGGCAUCCAGCUGCUGGCGGUGAUGCUGGCGUUCAUCGGCUUCUUCAUCGCCGUGGGCAAGUUCGGCAAGGAGGCGGCCACGGAGUCGCUGCACGCGCGCAUGGGCAUCGCCGUCUUCACCUUCACGCUUGCGCAGCCGCUGCUGGGCCUCUUGCGCCCGCACAAGGGCAACAAGGUGCGCGUGGCGUGGUAUUUCUUGCACUGGCUGCUGGGCAUCCUGGCCGUGGGGCUGGGGUGGUACGUGCUCUUCCUGGGCCUCGAGCUCUACGAGCACGAAACCGACCAGAAUGUCAAGUCGUACGAGAUCGCCCUGGGCGUCGGCACGUCCCUGCUGCUCUUCGCGUUCCUCCUGCUGGGGCGCUGGGACCACCUAGUGGGGCAGGCGGACAGCGCCAGCAAGGUGGACGGUCUCACGCGCUUCCCCUCGGUGGCGCACGUGUCGUCGCUGCUGCACCUGGGCGGGGGCAAGGCGUCCGAAGAGCGGAUUGCCGCAGAGCGGGGAUUGGCAGAGGAGAGGGCGGCGGCGCUGGGAGGGCCAGGGGAGGGGGUCAGGGAGGUAAGAGGAGGGUUGGAUGUGAGUUCGGUGUGAGAAGGGUGUGAGAGCUCUGGAUAGGGUGUUAGUUAGGAGGAUGCGGAGUUUUUGGGGAGGAAGAGAUCCUUUGAAUCCUGAAUCCUGACUGCAGGCGUGUGUCUCUGUUCUGCUGCUGCUGUCUGGCAGGAGCUGUUGUUGAUAUGAGAAAUUUUUUGUAAUGAAAAAUUUACAGAUUUGUCCAUGCCGUAAGCCAAUUGUCUCGAUUGUAGAGAUCCUGCUUGGCUUGCUUGCACACAACAGUAUCCAUAUCAGCUGACACAUCGCUCGUUGCUGCAAUAUAUUUCUGUAUGAAAU